AUGUUGAGAAGUUCAGUUAGACCAGCCAACGUGGGAUUGAAGAGAACCACUCAAUUGUUGAGCAGCCGUUGUUACUCCUCGCACAAGGAAUUGAAGUUCGGUGUUGAAGGUAGAGCUGCGUUGUUGAAGGGUGUUGAAACUUUGGCUGAAGCAGUUUCUGCUACUUUGGGUCCAAAGGGUAGAAACGUUUUGAUUGAGCAACCAUUUGGUGCUCCAAAGAUCACCAAGGAUGGUGUUACUGUUGCAAGAGCCAUUACUUUGGAAGACAAGUUUGAAAACAUGGGUGCCAAGCUUUUGCAAGAAGUUGCAGCCAAGACCAACGAAGCUGCUGGUGACGGUACUACUUCUGCUACUGUUCUAGGUAGAGCUAUCUUUACCGAAUCUGUUAAGAACGUGGCUGCUGGUUGUAACCCAAUGGACUUGAGAAGAGGUACCCAAGCUGCAGUGGAAAAGGUUAUUGAAUUCUUGUCUCAAAACAAGAAGGAGAUCACCACUUCUGCUGAAAUCGCUCAAGUCGCCACCAUUUCUGCCAAUGGUGAUGCCCACGUUGGUAAGUUGUUGGCCUCUGCCAUGGAAAAGGUUGGUAAGGAAGGUGUCAUCACCAUCAGAGAGGGUAGAACCUUGGAAGACGAAUUGGAAGUCACCGAAGGUAUGAGAUUCGACCGUGGUUUCAUCUCCCCAUACUUCAUCACUAACGCCAAGUCUGGUAAGGUCGAAUUCGAAAAGCCAUUGAUCUUGUUGAGUGAAAAGAAGAUCUCUUCCAUCCAAGACAUUUUGCCUUCUUUGGAAUUGUCCAACCAAACCAGAAGACCAUUGUUGAUCAUCGCUGAAGAUGUUGACGGUGAAGCCUUGGCUGCUUGUAUUUUGAACAAGUUGAGAGGUCAAGUCCAAGUCUGUGCUGUGAAGGCUCCAGGUUUCGGUGACAACAGAAAGAACACCUUGGGUGAUAUCGCUAUCUUGUCCGGUGGUACCGUCUUCACCGAAGAGUUGGACUUGAAGCCUGAAAACGCUACCAUCCAACACUUGGGUUCUUGUGACUCCGUCACCAUCACCAAGGAAGAUACCGUUAUCUUGAACGGUAACGGUCCAAAGGAAAACAUCGAGGCCAGAAUCGAACAAAUCAAGAACUCUAUCGACAUGACCACUACCAACUCUUACGAAAAGGAAAAGUUGCAAGAACGUUUGGCUAAGUUGUCCGGUGGUGUUGCCGUCAUCAGAGUCGGUGGCUCUUCAGAAGUCGAAGUCGGUGAAAAGAAGGACCGUUACGACGAUGCUUUGAACGCCACCAGAGCCGCUGUCGAAGAAGGUAUCUUGCCAGGUGGUGGUACCGCUUUGUUGAAGGCUUCCAGAGUCUUGGACGAAGUUAAGACCGACAACUUUGACCAAAAGUUGGGUGUUGACAUUAUCAGAAAGGCUAUCACCAGACCAGCCAGAAAGAUCAUCGAAAACGCUGGUGAAGAAGGCUCUGUCAUCGUUGGUAAGAUCAUCGACGAAUACGGAAGCGAAUUCACCAAGGGUUACAACGCUGCCAAGGGCGAAUACACUGACAUGCUAUCUGCUGGUAUCAUUGAUCCUUUCAAGGUUGUCAGAAGUGGUUUAGUGGAUGCUUCCGGUGUUGCUUCCCUAUUGGCCACUACCGAAGUUGCCAUCGUUGAUGCACCAAAGCCAGCCGCUGCUCCAUCAAUGCCAGGUGGUAUGCCAGGUGGUAUGCCAGGUAUGAUGUAA